AUGCAGUCUACAUGUAAACUAACUAAAGUUGGCUCUCCCGCUUUGGCUGAUUCUUAUAUGUACAAAUCUGUUGUUGGUGCACUGCAAUAUGCAACAUUUACCAGACUUGAUAUUGCAUACUCAGUCAACAAAGUAUGCCAGUUCAUGUCUCAUCCUCUUAAAGCUCAUUGGGUGGUUGUGAAAAGAAUCCUAAGGUAUCUUAAGGGUACUAUCUCUCACGACAUUCACCUGCUUCCACUUCCUCUUAAUAUAACUCAUUCCAUUCAAGGUUUUUCUGAUGUAGACUGGGCCUCUGACCCAGAUGACAAAAGAAGCACCUCAGGCGCAUAUAUCUACUUUGACCCCAAUCUAAUCUCUUGGUGGUCUAAAAAGCAGCUUGUAAUUUCCAGAUCUAGUACUGAGUUAGAGGAACUGACAACUGCCAGUUCUAUGUGUAAUUAUUACCUACUAUAG